AUGGACACCUGCUCGCCCGGCCGGGCAGACGCCGACGCCGGCGCCCUGCGCCCCGCCCCUCAGCCUGCCCCCUACGCCGGCUGCUGGGUCACAACCUUCGGGUUUGGGCCUGAGGACCUACCUGACGUGCUCCGAGAGCUGGGGCGGUGCGGGGACCUGCUGCACUGGGGCACCUACGGCGACGGGCAGGGCGUGAACUGGCUCCACAUGAAGUUCGCGACGCCGCAAGGCGCACAGCGGGCCCUGCUGCGGGACGGCAGCCAGGUGUCGUCCUCCGUCAUCGUCGGGGUCCGGGCCGUGGAUGCCAGCCGGCAGGCCGAGCUGGAUGAGGCCGCGGAGGGGAGGGCCGGGCGAGAAGCCGCCGCGACAGGGAGACCUGCAGUGACCAGGAAGUCCCUCGCCCCGACGCAGUAUGUGGCGCCUGCCCCUGUGCACCCCCUGCCGGUCCGCAGCCCCUGGACCAAGUUGUAUGAGGCGGUGUGGGGACUGUGA